UUCCGAGAUGCCCCCUUGAAGAUGCAUCUCCUUUUCCUUCACCGAGGCAACUCUUCCUUUCGGAUCAUUUUCCAGAGAGAACCGUGAAGGAGUUCAGUCGUUGAGCAUCCAUCUAAUCCAACGUCAUCUUGAAAGUCGAUCUUGUUCUUCUCAAUGGCUUAUUCUCCGUCUUCUUCAUCUGUUCUCGAUUGGAAAUAUGAUGUCUUCCUCAAUUUUAGAGGCGAAGACACUCGGAAGACCUUCAUCGGCCAUCUGUACAAAGCUCUAGUUCACAAGUCAGUCAACACCUUCGUUGACGCUGAAGAGCUCAGAACAGGCAACGACCUUUCGCAACUACUGACAGCUAUUAGCGAGUCAAGGCUUUCGAUUGUAGUUUUUUCUCAAAACUACGCUUCUUCCACAUGGUGCUUGAAAGAACUCGUCCAGAUCCUGCAUUGCAUGGAUCAGAAGCACCAGAUUGUGAUCCCCGUUUUCUAUGAAGUAGAUCCUUCUCAUGUUCGUAAACUUGAGGGAAGUUUUGGGGAAGCUUUUUCUAAGCACGAACAUGAUCCCAACGCUGACAUGGAAGAGGUUCAGCACUGGAGGUCCGCUCUACAAAGAGCUCCCAAUUUAUCAGGCUGGGAUUCACGAAAUUACCAGGAUGAUGCCAAGCUUAUUGAGUUGAUUGUAGAUGAUAUUUUUGAUAAAUUGAUCAACAACUCAUCAAGUGAAAAGAACGGUUUGGUUGGAAUGGAUUCCCGCUUACAGAAAAUGGAUUCACUAUUAUGUCAUGAGGUGGAUGAUGUUCGCUUUGUUGGAAUAUGGGGUAUGGGUGGUAUAGGCAAAACCACCAUCGCCAGAGCUAUGUAUGACAAAAUCAAUCAUCAUUUCGAAGGUCGUUGCUUUCUUGAAAAUGUGAAGGGACGUUUCCCGACGAUUGAUGCAGGUGAAGCACCAUUAGAUAUGCAGGCGGAAAUUCUGUCUAGCAUCACGAAUGCUAAGGUGGGGAGUUCAGAGAUUUUGAGAAAUGGUUUUCAGAAGAUGGUGGAAAGAGUUGGUAAGAAAAAGAUUUUACUUGUUCUUGAUAAUGUGGAGAAUCCAUUCCAAAUUGAAGCUUUAAUUGGACGACAACCUCCAUUUGGUGGCGGAAGUCGAAUCAUUAUAACAACUAGAGAUAAACAGUCACUAAGUAGAUUUGGUGAUCAGAUAUAUAAGCCAGAGUUGUUAAAUGAUGAUGAUGCUCUUGAACUGUUUAUGCAGUAUGCUUUCAGUACAAAGCAACGCACAGGAGAAUACAGUGAUAUGUCAAGUCAUUUCAUAAAGUGUACUCAAGGUCUGCCUUUAGCACUUAAGGUCUUGGGAGCUUUUCUCGACAACAAAAGUGUACUUGUGUGGAAAGACGAGUUAGAGAAGAUAGCGACAAACCCGCACCUGGGAAUUCAGAAAGUCCUUCGAACAAGCUUUGAUGGACUAGAUCGUUUACAGAAGAAAAUAUUUCUUGAUAUUGCAUGUUUCUUUAAACAAAUGAAGAAAGACUAUGCGAUAAGGGUUAUGGAGGGUUGUGGCUUCCAUCCCCAUACUGGACUGGACGUUCUAGUUGGUAGAGCUCUUGUAACUAUCUCAUCUGACGGUAUAAUCGAGAUGCAUGAUUUACUAGAGGAAAUGGGUUACGAGAUCGUACGUCAGGAAUCUAUAGAAGAGCCUGGGAGGCGCAGUAGGUUGUGGAGCUAUGAAGAUGUUCGUCAUGUGUUAACUCAAAAUACGGCUUCAAAAGCAGUUGAAAGCAUUAUUGUGCAUUGGCCGCACUCAAACGAAGUGUUACAAUUAGAUGCAGCUUUUGCUAAAAUGACGGAACUAAGACUCCUUAGGGUCCACUCACACUAUAUACGAAAAAAUGGAAGACAUCAGUCGUUCGACUAUGAUCAAAGAGAAUGUGAAGAAUUAAAGUAUCUUUCUGGAAAGUUAAGUUGUCUCUUCUGGCCCAAUUGCCCCUUAAAAUCUUUGUCGUCCAAGUUUAACGCGGAAAAUCUUGUUGACCUUGACAUGCAAUAUAGUCGUCUUCAACAGCUUUGGGAAGGAACUAAGUCUUUAGCAAAGUUGAAAGUUGUCAAUUUAAAAGGCUCUCAACUUAAGGAAACUCCCGACUUCACUGGGGCGAAGAAUCUUGAGAAACUAAUUUUUGAGGGUUGCAGUUGUUUAUCUGAGGUUCACCCAUCCAUUUCUGCCCUUGAAAAACUUGUUCUCUUGGAUCUAAGUUGGUGCGUCAAACUCAAGGCCAUUUCAAGCAUCAAUCAUAUGAAAUCGCUUGAAACCUUGAAUCUUUCUUUUUGCCGAGACAUUGACAAAUUCCCUGAGAUUUCAGAAGUUAUGGAGAAGCUUUCAGGACUUUAUUUGCGAGGGACUGGCAUAAAAGAACUGCCUCAAUCAAUUAACAAUCUUACGGGGCUUCUUACUUUGAAUCUUGAAUAUUGCAGAGAACUCAAGAUUCUUCCAAACAGCAUCGUUCAACUCAAGUCCCUUAAAUUUCUUAAUCUUUCUGGUUGUUCAAAGCUCGAGGUGUUUCCAGGAAAUGUAGGAAAUAUGGAAGGAUUAAAAGAGCUUUGCUUGGACGAGACAUCUGUUAGAGAGCUUUGCCCAUCAAUUGCGUCUCUUCAAAACCUCGAGAGUUUGAGUUUAGAGCAGUGCAAGGAAUUUCAUAGUCUUCCAAGCAGCAUUCAUAUGAGAUCUCUUCGAACACUUAAUCUUUCCGGCUGCUCAAAUCUGGAGAAGUUUCCAGAAAUUCCUGAAGUCAUGGAGAACCUAUCAGAGCUUAAUUUAGAGGAGACUGCAAUUACAGAGUUGCCCUUGUCCAUUAAAAAUUUAACGGGACUCGUUACUUUGAAACUGAAGGAUUGCAGAAGAUUAAGGAUUCUUCCAAGCAGCAUUCAUAUGAGAUCUCUUCAAGCCCUAAAUCUUUCUGGCUGCUCAAAUCUGACGAAGGUUCCAGAGAUUCUAGAAGUUAUGAAGAACCUAUUAGAGCUUCAUUUAGAUUGGACUACAAUUGAAGACAAUCAUAUGAGAUCUGGCAGCCAAAAUCUUGAGAACCUUCCUGUGUCUUCAGGACCUAUGAAAGAUCCAUCAAGGCUCAGUUUAAAUGGGAUUGCAAUCAAAGAAUUGCCAUCAGUAAUUUAUAAUCUGAAGGGGCUUGUAACUUUAACGCUACGGUAUAGCAAAGACUUUAAGAGUCUUACAAGCAGCAUUUGUCAACUCACAUCCCUUAGUUAUCUCUCUCUUUCUGGUUGUACAGAGUUUGAGGUGUUUCCAGACAUUUUUGAAGAUAUGGAACGAUUAACCGGUCUUGAUUUGGAUGGAACAUCUAUUAGAGAGUUGCCCCCAUCAAUUGAACUCCUUCAAGGGCUUGUGACGUUAAAUCUGAAAAACUGCAAUAGCCUUGUCUCACUUCCGGACAGUAUCUGCAAUUUGUUAAGUCUUGAAUGGCUGAAUCUCAGUGGCUGCUCAAAACUUUCUAAGUUGCCUGAGAACUUGUGGUAUUUGAAACGCCUUGACGUAAAGGGAGCUGGUAUACGUAAAGACAACAAUCAUGGACCAACAGGCCGUUACCGCCCAAAACAGCGGUUUUUUAGCACUUUGGGGGAUUUGGCUCAGUUUCGAAGCACUGCACCUUUGAUUGAUAUUAUGGGCUCAAACUGUAAGCAAAAAGAGUCGAUGGCUGAUGAGGAAUCCCUUCUCACCUGGAGUGAUGAUUCAGAAAUUUUGACUGAUCCUGAGAAGUCAUGCUAUGCGGAAGAGACAAGGCAGAUACAUUUGGAGGUCCCUGAGCUAGAGAGCACGCUAGAGGGAACUGGUAUACAUCAAGACAACAAUCACAGACCAACGGAUUCCCACCCAAAACAGCAUUUUUUCAGCACAUUGGGGUAUUUGGAUCAGUUUCAGAGCACCACAACUUUGAGCGAUAUGGUGGACUCAAGCUACGAAGAAAAGGAGGUGGUGGCUGUUAAGGAAAUUUUGAGUGAUCUCAAGCAAUCGAGACAUGAGGAAGAGGAGGAGAGGGCGGUGGUAGCCUCCAGGAAAGGUGGGAGGAUAUGGGGUUGCAUCUGUGGGUCACGGGGUAAUGAGGAUUGAGGUAUUGGGCGCAUCAUCACUGAUAUAAAGUAAGACUUGGGACAUGGGAGGAUGAAGAAAUGGUGAUUUUCUGUAGUCGAGUUUUGCGAAUUUCCUUUUUCUUCUGUGGUUGGUACAUGGUCAGUAUUUACUUACCCUAUGUAUUGCAAAGUUUUUUGUUUUUUUUUCUUCUUUUCGAUAAGGUUUGUAUUGCGGAGUUGGCGCCUGUUCAGUUAAGUAAACUACGAUUGUAUUAAUUUGUGUCUGUUGAGUGUUAUCAUGUUCCUAACUUUCUAUCAGUGAUAACAUCCUUCUCCAAGCAGUAUAUAAAGACACUAGAAAUAUAUAAAUCUAUAACUGAAACUACCAGAACCAUUCAAUUCUAGUGUCUACAGCUUUAGCAUUAGUUUCUACGAGAGGCAUUCUUCCGAAAAGGGAGAUGAAAUUGUUGAGACUCUUAUUUAUCCCUCCUCUUGCUGUGUCCAUUUAAACUACUGAUUCAAGGCGAUCCAAUCUCAUACGACUUCCCUGCAAAAGCAUGUUUGCCAGACUCCAAGAUCAAAAUUUUCCAAUGAAAGAAACUUCAAGACCAAACUCGUUAGCGGAAUAAAUGGUGCACAAAGGGUUUAAAAUCUUUACAUCUGUAUAUUUUUGUUGAGUGGCAGAUUUUUUGUGAGCAUGCAACUAAAACCGGCAUCACUAUCAAUGGUGCACAAAGAUUGGCAGAAAAACAUGAAGGGAAGCAAUCACAACACAACAUGUACGAAGUAAUCUGUCCACAUAUUGGGAAACUUUAACAGUUUGAAUUGUUAGUUUUCGAUUGUAUUUGUUUAAGGCGAGAUGGAUGUCAACUAUGCAAUGCUCUGUAAAACUUAAACGGCUGCAUAGCAGAUCUUGUCCGUUGUAUUGAACACCAUGGUUUCUCUCAGCGAGAAAGACUUCAUUUCUCUUUUGAUUUCCUUCACAGGAAAAGUGCUUAAAACUUUUUUUUGUUAAGAUAUUUAGUCGUUUGUUUUUCAAUAAAUUCCUAUUUGUUAGGAAGUCUGUUUCUUUUACCUAUUCCUUAGGAGAAUCCCAGAUUACUAGGAGUUGUUAGUCGUGGGAUUAGACGUUGCUUUAUUUUCUAGCUUUCAGUUAUUUGCAUUUGUAUUUAAUCAGACUUCAAGUCAAUGAAUCAGUAUCGCAUUCCUUUUUA